GAGGCGUGUCAGAACAAGACUCGCUGAUUGGCUCCCGUUUAGAACAUAUGACGCUGUUCGUCCCCAACAUAAACAGAGAGAGCGCCACUGCAGGAUAAAGUUUAACAAUGUCGUUGCAAGGCAUUUUUAAGCUUAUUCACCGCUCUAAUUUUGGGAUAAUGUACUCACUUUCCACAGCAAGCAGAGUUUGUGUGAAAAUAUCAGCUCCUCACACACGACACAGCAGCAGUUCAGAGGGCAUCAGUCGCUAUCCAGUGCCAAACAAGAAGAACCUGCCAUUUGAUAUUAUGGAAUUGAUGGAGGAGGUUGAACAGAAGGGAGGGUUUUUGCCCAAUGUCUUCAAGGUUCUUGCCCAUCGUCCUGCUGAAUUUCGGGCUUUCUUCUCUUAUUAUAAUGCCCUCAUGAACAAGGAAAGUGGUGGUCUGUCCAAAGCAGAUCGAGAACUGAUCGUUGUUGCGACCAGUGCUCACAAUCACUGCUUGUAUUGUGUGGUAUCCCACAGUGCAUUGCACCGAAUCUAUUCCAAAAAACCCAUGCUGGCUGAUCAGGUUGCAGUUAAUUACAGGGUUGCCGAUCUGACCGCCCGUGAGAAAGCCAUGCUGGACUUUGCUCUGACAGUCUGCAGGAGUGAAACAAUUACUGAAGAACAUUUUAGCACCCUGGAAGCUCACGGUUUUGACCGAGAGGAUAUUUGGGACAUUUCUGCCAUUGCUGCCUUCUUUGCCCUUUCCAACCGCAUGGCCCAUCUGACUGACAUGAGACCUAACACUGAGUUUUACAACAUGGGUAGAGUGCCGAGAGACAAAGCAAAAGACUCUGAUGGACAGGUCAAGGCUGAAUAGACUCAAAUCAGACUUUGGAACAAAGUUAUAAUAUUUUACAUAUGUUUUGCAAAAUCUCACCCUAAGUGGAUUCUCUGACACUUUCACUGAUGUAUGCACAUUUAGAUUUAGAAUUUUAUUGGUUUCAUUUGUUUCUCUGUUAGUCCUCAGAAUAUGGAAGCUUGUUUCCGCCACAGAAAUAGAAAAUAAAAAGGUAAAUGCCAAUUUAUAUCUCAGAAUUCUGAGGAAAAAAGUCAGAAUUGUGAGACGUAAACUUGCAAUUGUAAGAUAAACUCAAAAUUCUGACUUUUUAUAUCUCACAAUUCAGACUUUGUCUCACAAUUGAUAAAAGAAAAAAGUCUGAAUUGCGUGAUUAAAAACUUGUCGCAAUUACCUUUUUUAUUUUAUUUUCCAUAGUAGAAACAAGCUUCUAUACAAUAAAGAAGUCCUUGUUUAUUUAAAUUUGUUAGGCUUUGGUUAAUUGUUUAUUAAAUGGAGAGACUGAACAUUACAGUUUUCUUCUGUGGAUGUGAAUGGGUUUUCUGAAAUGUUCAUCCUGGAAGCAUCACUUUUUUAUGUGGCAGGACUGGUCAAACAAAUUUGAAUAUAAAAUGUGAAUACUGUUAAUCUGUUCUCAAGAGAUCACAAUUCUAAAGGUUAAUAAAUAAUCCAUUUAUACCUUGAGUGUUCUCUUCAAACCAUUUGUUUGAGUGAUACAAACUCGAAUAUUAUACAUUUCUCUAAAGUGCACACUGAACACUGUUUGAUAGGCUUUUAAAUGUUAACUCAGUCUGUAAAUGCUGGUGUCAACUAAGAGUUUUUUAACAUUUUAAAAAAGAAAGACUAAGUAAAAUGUUAGUUUAUUUGUGGUUAUGUUCAUAUGUUAAAAUCAAAUUAAACAUUUUGAGGAAAAAAAUUCUUAAUAAACCAAAUGAAAACACAA